CUCCUUCCGGGAUAGGCCACAGUUGUGAGGGACGACGGGAUAUGUGAUGAUGGUGACGUAUACAAAAUGGCGGAAGGAGGUAUUGAAGAUGUAGGAUGGCACACAGACUUGAUUUUAGCGCUGUCGAAACAGAAGGACCCCGAACGACUUCGUGAACUUUGCAAAGGUCGAAAGAUACCCGUUGAAAACAGAGCUGAUAUUUGGAAGGUGUGUUUGAACGUCGUUGGAAAGCCAGACGCAUUAUCAACAUGGGAUGGAAUGUUGGAUUUGAACGAACAAGAUGUGAUCAGAGAUGAUUGUAGGCGACAAUCCGGAAAGCUGCAUUUACCAGAAGAUGAAGUUGAAGAAGUAGCAAGAGACAUGGAAGGAAUUAUUACAUUUUACUGCAAGUCAAGYAAUGAGAAAUACAGGGCUACAAGUGGAUUUACUGAGAUUUUGGCUCCWUUAAUGAUGCUUGAUAUUCCAACAAGUGAUGUUUAUAACUGUUUUUACUCCAUGCUUUACAAGUUUAUCCCAAGGGAUUGUGUUCGAGAUGGCAAACCAUUUCAUUUACUUAGACUGCUACUGCAAUACCACGACCCUGAGCUGUGCUCCUUCUUAGACUCAAGAAAACUAUCACCAGAUUCAUAUAGUCAGACUUGGCUACGCAGUCUGAUGGUUGGUGUCUGUGAAGCUGAUGUAAUCCGUACUCUCUGGGAUGUAUAUCUACUUGAAUCAGACCCUUUUCUUGUCUUCUUCUUAGCUUUAGUUAUGGUUGUWAAUGCAAGAGAGCAAAUUUUAGAAAUGAAAAGUGAAAGUAAAGCAGAUAUUUUAGAAAUGAUUGCUUCAAUACCAGGCCAGCUUGAAGCUGAUGAUAUUGAAGAUUUUUGCUCACUWGCUCAAUAUUAUGCAUCACGAACACCACAGUCUUUCAGAAAGGACUACUAUAGUCAGCUUUUUGGAGUCAAAACUAUCAACUCAAACAGCAUUGCACAGGCCCUUUGUCUCCCAGUAUCUGUCACAGAACUAUUAGGAGCCAAUCAAUUAAAUAAUAGAGAUGGAGUAAGAUUUUUUGUUGUUGAUUGUCGGCCUGCAGAACAAUAUAACAAUGGUCAUUUGCCYACAGCCUUUCACUUGGAUGCAAAUCUGAUGUUACAAGCUCCAUCAGAGUUUGCCACAGCUGCCAAAGCAUUGUUUGCAACUCAGAAACAGUCCAUAGCUGCAGGGUCAGUAGCAGGAGGAGAACACUUGUGRUUCAUGGGAUCAGGACGAGAAGAAGAGGAUCAAUAUGUCCAUAUGGUUAUUGCAAACUUUUUACAGCGUAAAGCCAAGUAUGUCAGUCUUGCACGUGGUGGUUAUCAAGUACUUCACGACACACUAUCAGACGAUUUAUCUACUGGUCUUGCCGACCAUUCACUGCAAAGGUGCAUCGUUUGCACUCCUGAAGCUUAUUCUGAGGACGAGAGUUUCCAUGAACUUUCUCGAGGUGGAGAUCAAAGUCCUACAGACGCUAGACCCAGUCUAGUUGGGAUGUUAUCGUCUAAGCUGCUUUCAAAAGGAGCCAACGUUAAAGAAAAAUUAGGUCAUUUUAUAGCUGAAUCAAGCCAGCCAGUGGAAAGACAUGUGAGCAGUACGGACAAACAAAGUAAAUUAUAUCGAAACGAUAAGGUAAAACAGGUGUUCAGCAUUGACGACGACGACGAUGAUGGAGAUACUUGCAGUAUUUCUAGCUCCGAAGAAGAAGUUCGUAAAGAAACCGUAAAUCUCGACACGUGGUUAAAAAGAAAAGAUGUUUUAGCGUCAUAUAAAUGCAGUGAGGUUUUGUCUCAUGGCUACCUAGCACCAGGRUAUAUUCUUCUGAUGGAAACACAUUUGUAUGUAUUACGAGAACUUAACAAACGACCAGGCUGGGCUCACAUCCAACAUCGGCAUGAUUUAGGUAGUGUAGUCAAGAUCACGUCCAAAAGAAAGCAUCCUGAUCUUAUAACCUUCAAAUAUGGUACCUACGACCAGGAAAACAUUGAAGUCAAGUCAGUGGAGAGAUAUCUUAUACCAGGUGCACAAAAAGCCACCAAGAAAAUUAAGGAAAGAAUUCUGAAGAUUAUUGGAGAAUAGAUUGGACCAGAGUUUUUAAACUCUUUUUCGGACACACUUCAGCGUCCUGAUGCAUGGUCUACCAGUAAUUGCGAUAUCAUUGUGGAAUGGUUUUGGAACAAUUCUGUGAACUGUCUAAUUGAGAAAGACAUUUAACAAACACAGUAUUGAUAUUAAUAAUUAGAGUAAAGCUUGAUGCAGUUUCUAUUCUUCUUACAAACACAGGAAACCCAACCUAAGGUUGUAACAUGAUAAAAAUAUGAACAUAAAGAUGAAUACACCAGAUUAUCUUAUCAUAAGAAAUAGUAGUAUGGUAUUCAAAGUUAUUUGCCUCCGGCUUAGUCAUCAGAUGAUAUUUGGAUAUCCACUCAUAUGGACAAUUGAGAAUAUUAUAAAAUGUCCAUAUAUAAUAUARAUCAUAUAUCUCCUUUCUUACUGAAACUAGAUUGCAUUAUUUUUAGAUUUUCAAAUCUUUCUGUGUGAUUUAUGCUCCUAUAAAAGUAUAAUUCAAGUGCGGGUUAUGAWUAGCAUAUCACUUCUCUCAAGAAAAAGUAAUUAUUUGUAUAAAGUGGAUUCAUCAAUAAAUGCAUUCAAAAUGCCUUAGACAGUUUA